AUGACAUCAUUAUUAGAACAGUUACCCAAUGAAAUUAUAAUUGAUAUUCUUCAAUAUUUGGAUGCAUAUGACCUAUUUCAAUCGUUUAAUGAUUUAAAUUUUCGUUUUAAUCAGUUACAAUCUGUUUUACUGUUAUCAGUUAACAUUAGCCAUUCAUUAUCAAAACGUUUAUUCGAUUACUAUUGCACAAAUAUUAUUCCAAAAUAUUUAACACAAAUUGUUGUAUUAGAAAUGUCCGAUCGUUAUAAUCGUCUAACACAAUUUCAUAAACUAUUUCAAGUGGAUAUGUUUAAAAACGUUCGUUCACUUAUUCUAAUAGACCCUAUACAAUAUAAUCUUGAGUUAAUUAUGAAAAAUUUAUCAAAAUUAAAUCAUAUUGAACAUUUACAAAUAGAGGCGUAUGGUCCACAAAAAGUUGAUUUAAGUUUGUGUUCAAACAUAAUGAUCAAAUCGAUAUUUUCGAAAACGACAACAUUAAAACGUGUAAGCUUAGAAUUUUAUUCAUUAAUUUUACUUCAUAAGACUUCAAUUCAAACUUCUAAUAUUGAAUAUUUAAAUAUCAAUGGAUGCUAUAUCGAUGAAUUUGUGAGGUUAUUAAAGCAUUUACCGAAACUAAAACAUGUUAGUGCUAACAUUGAUUAUAGAGAAAAUGCAGAUGAUUUAAUUGAUUGUGAAAUAUAUGCGAAUAUUGGACAAUAUGUAGCACAUUUAACCCAUAUCAAAAUUAAGGUGUCGUUUAUCAGCUUUGAUGAAAUAGAACGGUUAUUAAAGAAUAUUCCACAGUUAAAAAAAUUGACAUUGUCAGCUAUGUUAAUUGACUAUGCAAAUGGAGCUCGUUGGGAAAAAUUGAUUACCAAAUCUUUGCCAUUAUUAGAACAAUUUAGUUUAGACAUAAGUGAUAGAGUAUCUAGCGACAUUAUUAAUAUCGAUAAUAUAAUACAGUCAUUUUCUACACCAUUUUGGAUAAUAGAACGUCAAUGGUUCAUUAUUGUCGAUUGUACACAAUUAGUUGAUUCAGAAUUUUUAUUAUAUACAAUACCACGACCGAAAAAUAAUAAUUUUGAUAUGCAGUUAUAUCAAAUGCAAACAGGAUCAACGAUACCAUCGACAUUUAAAAAUGUAUAUGCAAAAAUUGAUCGAUUAGAUAUAACGUUGAGUAAUAUACAUUUACCAUUAAUUGUACGACAAUUUAUAGAUGUUAAAUCAUUGACACUAUAUAGUCAAUUAACAUCUGUGGAUAAUACGACAACAAAAAUCAUAAAUGAUUUAUCAAUACUUGUUACAUUUUCAAAUUUAAAUCAUUUACAUCUGAUUGACAAAUGUUAUCCGUCAAAAUUAUUAGAGGUUAUACUAACAGAAGCAUCGAAUAUUAUCACAUUAACCGUACCUUAUUGUGUUCUAUUAGAUAUGAAUUUAAUUAAUGAUAAAAUUUGCUCAAAUUUAACAAGUGUAACAGUUACUAUGAACAAUAAUGAUGAACAUUUUAAUGUAAAGAUAUUGGAAAGAAUGUCUUUUAUAUUUGAAAAUGUACUGAUUUUAUCUUUUGAAUUGACGAAUAUCGAUGAUCUCUACUUAAUCUUACCAUUAACGCUAAGAAAAAUGAAGAAAAUUGGUGAACUUUCUGUGUGUUUGAAAAAUGGAAUAUUCAGUGAAUGUUUUCAACACUGGUUAAAAACUUAUUUGAAUUUGAAUGAUUUAUUAUCAACAAUGAGUAUAGAAUAUGAUAAUCUUUUUAAUAAUUUGUUGUUAACCCAAUGA